AUGAACAACCAACCUGUAACCUAUGCAGAACUGAAUUUGGCCAAGUCCGCCAAGAGACAGCAAAGGAAGCCUAAGGGCACUCAAAGCUCCAUUCCAGUAACUGAGCAGGAAAUAGUAACCUAUGCAGAAUUAGCUCUUCAAAAUGCUUCCCAGGAUCUUCAAGAGAGGGACAAGAAGGACCACUCCAAAGUUUCACCAUCACCUCCAGAGAAGCUCAUUGCUGGGACCCUAGGGGUCAUCUGCCUUGUCCUGAUGUCCGCUGUGGUGACAAUACCUAUUCUCUCUAAUGUAAUACUGGAGCAGAAUAAUUCUUCACUGAAAACUGGGAUCCAGGAAGCAUAUCAUUGUGGACAUUGUCCAAAGGAGUGGUUUACAUAUUCAAACAAUUGCUAUUACAUUAGUACUGAAAAAAAAGCAUGGAAUGAGAGUGUACUGGCCUGUGCUUCUAAGAACUCUACCCUGCUUUACAUAGAUAAUGAAGAAGAAAUGGAAUUUCUGAGUUCCUUAUCACCUCCAUCAUGGAUUGGAGUUUUUCGUAGCAGCAGUGAUCAUCCUUGGAGGUUGAUAAAUGAAGACUUAUCAUUUGGUAAAGGUGACUGUGCUCUGCUAAACCUAUAUGGCCUCACAUCAUGGAGUUGUGGAGCUUCAAAAAUAUAUAGCUGUAAGCAUAAGCUUUAG